CGUCACGGAUUUGCUCACAGCGGAAGGAUCGCUCGGAUUGCCACAUUGCACAAGACUUCCACGCGGAUCAACUUCACAGGGUUGUGGCUGUGAGCCUCGCAGGAGCGAAGCCAAUUUCGGAGAAACUGAGACCAUGCUAAUCCCAAUUGUGCCGAUUCUAAGCUUACGGUGUCAAAGGAUUUCGAGCUUCGAUUCUGGAGCAUGUUUUAGCAAUUGGGUCACACUUGAUUGAGCGUGAACGGGGUGUGAUUGUAUUCUCACAUUGUUUGGGGAGUCGCUGGUUAUUUGUGUGUUUAUGUGUUGUUUUGUCCCUCCUCCGUGGUUUUUAGCUCGUGGUUGAGUUUCGUGUUUCCCUAGGAGCAGUUAUAGUUUUGGUGCAAAAGCGGUGCCGGAGCCCAGUUAGAGAGUAGGCUUGGAGUGGCUGGUUCUGGAAUUGAGGAUUGAGCUGGAGUGUUGCGAGCGAUGCCUUUGUGUGUGGUAGAGGAUUUCCCUCAGACGGUGGAGAUUUUUUACGAGCUGUAUGGUCAUGGCGACACGAAAGUGUUGCUGAUUCCUGGUGUGGCAGCCAAUCACCAAGCUUGGGGACCCCAGCUGAAGGGGAUUUGUGGGACGGAUGUUCCCAACCGAGAGGAAAGAGCUGAGAAUGGCAAUCACGACCAGAGUAGUAGUAGCCCUAUUGGGGAGUAUGCCCAGGAGAAUGUAGGAAUUCAAGCGUGUGCACUGGAUAAUCGAGGCGUAGGUCAAAGUUCGAAACCUGAAGAUAAGAAGCAUUAUAGCACUGAAACCAUGGCAAGGGAUGCUUUAAAAGUGAUGGAUCAUCUUGGAUGGAAAAGAGCGCAUAUUGUUGGACAUUCCAUGGGGGGCAUGAUUGUAUGUAAAUUGGCAGUCAUUGCUCCGGAGCGGGUGAUAUCCUUGGCCAUGCUCAGCACUACAGGAGGGGGUUAUCAGUGUCUACCUAAGGUUGACAGGACAAUGAUACAAAUCGCAUACCGUUUUCUACGUGCCAAGACUCCCGAAGAGCGUGCCCACGUCGACCUUGACACACAUUACACGCAGGACUAUUUGAACACAGUAGUUAAUGGCGAGUAUAUGAGGACCAAACUCUAUAAGGAAUACGUCGUUCACUUGACAAACAGUGGAAUGCAACCUAAGCACGGGCUUGAUGGGCAAUUCAAUGCGUGUUGGACUCACGCAGUUGCAUCUCAUGAACUCGACAGAGUACGAUCUCAUGGCAUCAGGGUGCUUCUUAUUCACGGAAUAGGUGAUAUAGUUGCACAAAUAAGACAUGCGCGGAAAAUUGCCGAGAAGCUACAUCCAGUGUCUUAUAUGCUAGAACUUUCAGGCGGACAUAUGAUUACGCAUCAACACACUACAGAGGUGAACGAUGCCUUAUUAGCUGCCAUUAGAGGGGAGCUCCAUUUAAUGCAUUCAGAAUACAGUGACGAAUCGUUGCAAGAGAGAGGGUGGCAAAUUUGGCAGAGAGUAAAGGCAGAAGAUGGAAGCGCCAUCUCAGAGCUCUCCGGCAGUCGGUAUGUGGUUUGUUGUGUUGAUUUGAUCAAUAGGUACUGGCCACACUGGCUCUCACUGAAGUACCUUUGCCCCUCAGUUUAUCGGGUCCUAAAGCAUUAUUUUGCUUCUUCUUAGAAUAUAGUCCAUGCCAAACGUAUGGCAUCUUUCUACAUCCUUUCUUUGACCAACAGAAGCGUCCAUAAAUUCUGCCAAGUGCCUGGAUUCACUGAAAGCUCCACGCUACCCAAUAAUGUCAGUGUCAAAUGUGGUGUAAUCCAGUUGUACAAUAAUUCUCCUCAGCAGAAUUUCUAGCAGAUAACCAGCAAGAUGACAUUUUCUGUUGAAGUGGCCCAUGAAAAACAAGGUAUUCGAAAGUCUGCAUGGCUUUUGCUUUGUAGAUCCCCGAGUCA